AUGCGCUCUGUAGCCGAAGCCACGAAAUACUGGCGCCAGUUGGACGACUUCCACUCUCUGACGGACCUGAAGAUUCAUGUCUCUUCACACAAGGAGCCCCAGAUCACGGCUGGCUUGCGAUCUGUCUGCUGGAAGAUCUUCCUCGUCUUCAAGACGCUCGACCGCUCGUCAUGGCCUACCCACCUCAGUCAGGCGCGCAAGACGUACGAGUCUCUGCGAUCACACUACCUCCGCGCGAUACAAAAUCCAGACGAAUUUGAUUCUUCUGUAGACCCUUUGAGCGAGCUGUCUGAGUCCCCAUGGGUAGCCCUCCGAGCCGACGAAGAACUCCGCGCCGAAAUCUUUCAAGACAUUGAGCGAUGUAUGCCAGACAAUGUCUACUUUCGCCAGCCCGCCACGCAGAACAUGAUGCUGGACAUAUUGUUUGUGUGGUGCAAGAUGCACCCGGGCAUAGGCUAUCGACAAGGCAUGCACGAGAUACUGGCGCCUCUGCUCUGGGUCGUGGAAAGAGACGCCAUUGAGAUUGUUAAGGAGAAGACCGGCGCAAUCGACCACACGCUUGCAGAGAUGCUCGACUCUGGCUACAUCGAGCACGACACGCACAUGCUCUUUUCCAUCAUCAUGCAGACUGCCAAGUCCUUCUAUGCGCCCGCAGAGACAGGCUCCACGACCAAAGACACCCCGAUGCUUAUCAGAAGCUCCAGGAUCUUUGAGAAUUGCCUUUUGAAGGCGGAUCCGGAAUUACACGCUCAUCUCGUUAAGCUAGAAAUAGUUCCGCAAAUUUUCCUUUUACGCUGGAUACGCCUUCUGUUCGGCCGCGAGUUCUCUCUGGAUGCCGUAUUCGACAUGUGGGACGCAUUGUUUGCCAUAGACUCGUCGCUGGAGCUGGUUGACAUGAUCUCGGUUGCUAUGCUACUGCGCAUACGCUGGGAGCUGAUCGCAGCUGAUACCAACGAGGCCUUUGCGUUUUUGCUAAGAUACCCAGAGCCAGCCACACCCCCGUAUACCUUCAUCAAGGAUGCUCUAUAUCUGCGAGAUCAUCUCACACCGCAAGGUGGUGCUGAGAUCAUCACCCGAUACGGCAAGCAAGCGCCCGUCUUCGAGCUUGGGCCAAUGGCCAGAGACCGCGAACCGUCGCCGUCGCCGUCGUUCGUCUCCAGUCGAACGCGCAAUAACAUACGGUCACCUACCAACUUCAUAAACCAACAAGGCGUCGGGUUCGAGGCAUUGUUACAAGGGGCUGCGAAGAACGUCAUGGACCGCGGAUCGCAAUGGGGCGUCGGCAAGGUUUUGCGAGAUGCCGUGGGUGAAGUGAAGAAGAACGUCGAAGCUUACCAGUCUGGCGCGAACACUGGAACCACAACGCCGCGGUCUGGGGGAAGGGAGUUCCGAAAGCCCGGGAACAUAAGCACAGCCACUGCAAACGGGCGACCAAGCCUAGAGCGAGUGCAAUCGGCCAACGCUCUUCGGAAAGUAGCAGAGCUGGACCGGAGGAACAAGAGCUUGGCUAAGAUGUUGGAAGUUGCCGUUGGCGACUUGUGGGAAUACCACAGGGAGCGCGACGAGGCACAAAAGGCGGGACAGAACGAUCAACACGGAAAGGAAGCCAUGGAAGCACUCAGUCUUGCAAUCGCAAAAGUGCAGUUUGUGCAAGUGUACCUCGAGGACUCUUCGAUCCCGCUGCCUGCCGACGAAGCGACAGACCAAGCUGCGACAGCACAGGCCGCGGCAACACUAGCUUCCCCGAGUCCCCAGUACCCAGUCUCGUCGGAACAAACCUCUAGUGUCCCGCCAAUCUCGUUGACGACGACAUCUCAGUCGACAACCCCAUUGACGGUAGUCCCCAAGAACCCCUCUCCUCACGAUUCCCGUCCCACCUCUCCACCAGCGCAGGCACUGUCGCCUCCUUCGAACCUCGCCUCAGCUCUCUCUCCGCGCUCAAGACCACAUCUCACGUCGUCCAAUUUCUCCUGGAUGCUUGGUGAAGACUCGGCAUCGUCAAAUUUUGCCUCUGGCACUGCGCACUCUACCUUCUCCUCUGACGAGAAGAGACGAAUGAAGGGCAAGGGCUUCCUGUUUGGCGACGAUGACGACGAUGAGGGAAGUAUCAAGGAUGGAAAGAGGGGAAAUGCCGGUGGAAAGAGCAGCGCCAAAGGCGGCAAGAAUGCAAAGGGCAAACAUGCGCCAGAGUCUGAGAUUGAAGAGGAGGUCAUUGACCUCGCAAACAUGGAGAAAAGGGGCGUCAUCUGA